UGGCAGCUGGUGCCAAAAAACCAGGGCAUCCUCAGUUUAUUCCAACAAAAAUUCACGGGAGAUGGCACAUAUUACGGACACACAGACACAGGUAUGUGUCAGUACAACCCGCCAAGUUACCCCCCAGCAGCCCUCAGCCCGAAAAUAAAGUAUCAAGUUGCCCUCAACAAACCUCAGUUCCAGAACUCUUUCGCAUGCGGAAUGUGUUUCAAGGUUCAUGGUUCUGGUAAGGGUUCUGGGAACAGUCCGAUCACAGGGGAUUUCUACGUCUUUGCAAACAACCUGUGUCCAGAAUGUCUUGCUGGAUCUCUGGACUUCGCAGUAUCCGGAGACGGACGCUGGAAUAUACAGAUCCAGGCAGUGCAGUGUCCGGUUGGAAAUACCAAAAUAGAAUACAAGUUCCAGGGAACGAACCCGUACUACAUCAAACUGCAAGUCAGAAACGCUCGCAUACCAGCCACGGAAGCUGAAAUGAUGCAGGGCGGGAAGUACGUCAGCAUGAAACACACGGCCGAUGGAUUCUGGGAACUUUCCAACGGACAGAAGGUAGACCAAACAGGCGGCGUCCGUGUGAGGCUGACAGCAGCUAAUGGGGAGACGGUAACAGACAUCAUUCCCAACUUAAAUAAUGAUGUGGUUUUGCAUGGAAAGAGCCAGGUGCAGUUUAAGCUUGAUUCCAGCCUACCCUCAGCGUAGAAUUAGAUGUGACAUAUGUGUUCUGUCACUGUGUCGAGAUGAACGUGACACAAGUGUUGUAACAAGCAUAAUCACUCUUUCUGCAAUAAAAGACCUUCGUACCGAA